GCUGACAAUUAUAUUCUUCUCCCACGAUAAUUGCCUGUGGCCUUUCCAAGAGUUACAUUCGUGGAUGUGGUCCCCAUCAUCAUAUGCUUUGACUGAAAUGUGGGCUUUGGAAUUUCUGUCAGCAAAAGCCAAAAGCCUUCCUUGAAUACGUUGCCUAUAACCAUACAUACUAUUUAACUGUUGAAAUUGAACAUUGAAAUUUCUUUUGUUUCAUGUGAUUUAGUAUGUUCCUGUAAAAUAUAAGUGUUCUUUCUGUCUAGAUGCAAACACCAAGAAUUGUAUUUCCUCACCGAGGCCCUGAAGUAUAUUCUGUAAUUCUAUACUUUAGUAUGUUUAUAACGCACUUAUAAGAUACUGUAUUAAACAAUGUUUUUAGCACUCGAAGGGGAUUACUCUUUUUCAAGUCUAGCUUUCAUUAGUACUCCUACUCUGCAGAUGUCGCUACAGCGUUUUCUAAAUUAUUCAGGUGGAGCAGGGAGGAAAAACUGGAUUGGAAUACAACGGAGUUUGUGCACUGUCGAGUUUGGCAUUGGCAAUGAGUGAGAUCGUCUAGACGCACUUGACACCCUCGGGUAGGGAACGCCGUCUGGCUCUUAAGACGCCUUUCACUCCGCGGGAUAGUCGAGAACGCCAUGAAGAGCUCGCAAAUUUCGUUGAACCUGAAGACCCUGGGAUUUUGAGAAGGCAUGGCCCGCAGUCGAGACUAUCGUCCAGAUACACUCCGUCUCCUUGCUUGAUCUGAUUCCUUGAGGUUCUCCCUCUGGAAACCUCUGGGCAGUCCUUGGACACGAGGCCCUUGUCCCAUUCCUACUGCACGGUCUGAUUCUCGGGACAUGGCUGCACGUAUGUGGAUGGGAGGAUAGCACCCCCCCCCCUCCUCCCUCCCAUCACCACAACCACCGUUUCACCCCAACCCUUACCAACAGCCCUGCAUCACAGAGCUUAUUGUAGAUCCCAACUACUGGAGCUUCUUGGCUCAGAACCCAAAACCUCCGGUCCUAAACCCUAACCAUCACUCAGCUCGGCACCAGUAAGCCUCUACCUGGAGUCGAGAAGGAGUCUGGUUUUUGAGGCCUCAAUGUGUAGAGGAUCUGUGAUGGCAAAGAGAGUGGCGGCACGCCCCAGCAGACACCCCCCGCCCACUCGGACUGGUUAACGCUGCGAUCAGAGGCAUUACUGUGAGGGCAGUAUGCAGGCAGCUGACCAUCCGGCCACAAAUACUUUAACAGAGUGCAAAUUUGAGGAGCACUGUCCUGCCGUGACCCAGCCUCCCCCACCCGCCACCCUUGAAUCUGAACUGGAGUUUGUUCAGAUAAUAAUCAUAAUUGUGGUGAUGACCGUGAUGGUAGUUGUGAUCAUCUGCUUGCUGAACCACUACAGGCUCUCCGCCUGGGCCUUUUUCACACGACAAAGUCAGGCCAGACGACGAGAAGAGGCAAUGCAGCCGGAGGGGUGCUCAUGGCCGACUGACAGUCUGGUGGCACAACAAGGAGCCACUGAGGUGAUGUACGGGCCACGUACGCAGGAGCGCUUCAACCCCCCCUCCUUUAUGCAAAGGGACCGAUUCUGCCGCUUCCAGCCCACCUACCCCUACCUGCAGCAGGACAUCGACCUGCCGCCCACCAUCUGUCUGUCGGACGGCGAGGAGCUGCCGCCCUACAAGGGGCCCUGCACCCUGCAGCUGCGCGACCCCGAACAGCAGCUGGAGCUGAGCCGAGCCUCGGUUCGCGCGCCCCCCAACCGGACCAUUUUCGACAGCGACCUCAUAGACGUUUACGUGCACGGCGGUGGCGGAGGCACGGGCCCGCGGCCCCCCAGCAGCAACUCGGGCAAGAGCGCCUCCAGCGCCCGCAUGGAGGGCCCGCCGCCCACCUACAGCGAGGUCAUGGGUCAGAUGCAAGGUCAAGGGUCGUCUGCCUUCCUCCACCAGCACAGCAAUAACGCGCCGCCCUCCGCCCAGCGAACCGCCGCGCCCUCGCCACAGCCGCCGCCACCGCCGGUGGUCGUGGGCAUCAGAGUCGGGCACCAGCAGACUGGUAGCAGCAGCGUAAGCACAACGGUGCCCGGCAAGGCAAAGGAUAGCCGACGGGACUGAUCCCUCCCUUCCACUCACACACACAAACAGACACACACACACACACACAUAUAUACUCCCAUACAACACAUGGCGGUGAGAGACACUGGGAGGCCGAGAGAGUGGGGAAACCUGAGAGAGACAAAAUGAAAGCGCGAGAAAGAGAGAAGCGAGGGAGACUGAAAGAGAGAGCAAGUGAGAUGUGGCACUCUCUAGGACUGCCUCCUCCCCAACGCUCCCCUUGCACAAAAUGAACAGAAUUGAGGAACCAAGCUUACAAAUUAUUAUUUUUUGUAUGUUUCUCUUUUUUUUUUGCUAGAACUGUGGGCCUUGUGUGGAUGUUUUUUGGCUUAAUAGCUCAUUUUUUUUUCUGUUUGUUGUCUGUUUUUUGUAUGCUUACGUUUAUUUAAAAGAGAAAAAAAAAAGAUUGUUGGCACAGACAUUUGCUUGAAAGGCCAAACGGGCCAUAGGAUUGAGACUGUCUUUUGUUUGUCUUUUUUUUUUUUCUUCCUUCGUUCGUUCUCCUUUUUUCCGCUUUUGGGAUCUGUGCACAGACGAUUAUUCGAGUUCCAAAAUUUGAGUGCCAUGAUUCACACAGGAGUGAAACCACCAGGGGAUGUGAUGGGACAAAAAAAAAAAACUUAAAUAUUAAGUUGCACUAACUUACUGUUUAUAGAGAAGAGCGUAAGGCUACCUUUCGUUUGGUUGUUCUCGUGCAUCGCUCCCCUAAAGGUCUUUUUUAACAAGCGACUAAGCAUUUUGCUUUCCUUUUCUCUUCUUUCUGUUAUCUAUAAAAAAAAAAUACGGAUGGGGAUAGAGAACUUUGAUCCAGCCUAAAUCUAUACACAACUGAACCGCAAAAUGGCACUUAAGGGGUUAACGAAAUCUGUUCAAAUGUUCCAUUUCUCUUUCUCUGAACAACAGAAAAUAUACUAGCACGGAGUCUUUGGAUGGAAGUCAUGAUACACACACAUGCAUCGCUUUCAUCCUGUCAAGUAGCACUUUAUACUUCCUGUCACCUCAGAGUUGUCGUUGGGUCCAAGAGCAGGGGACUUGUGGGAAAUGUAGUCUUAUGCACACCCUUUCACCCACUGUCAUGUGUGUGCUUUUUUUUUUUUUUAAUCAAAAUGUUGGUUUGCUUUAGAGGGAUCACAAGCCUCCCCUGGUCCCCCACCACUAUCCAGUAGAUCAUAUACGAAUCUUCUCCAGUUAUGUCCACCUGUUACUUUCAGUUAGGCAGUCCUCAUGCUUACUCUGUGAUGCGUUUAGUGAUCGGUUAGAGAGGUGUGUGAAAGAUGGCUAUUAUUUGUGUAGUUUUGAUCGAGGGACUGUGCCUGAAAUGGUGUCGCCCACAGAUCGUACAUCAGACACAUUCCCUUGUUGCUUUUCCUUAAGUCUGUCUGUUAGUCUGUAGAGACUGAUUAUUCAUCGUUUUUUUAGCUUUGCAUCUGAGAAGACCAUCAAGAGACACAGACGGGGGAGGGGGGGAGCAACGAAACAGAAAAGACCAACAUACUCGUUUAUGAUUGUUAAGACUAGGUGAUGAUUGUGGACCCAAGACUGGAUGGUGUGGAUAUGUGACCUGAUGCUUGGAGAAGGACAAGUCUGAGUUGACUCGAAAAAAGGAACAAGAAUUUCAAAGAACAAACAUUCACCCAGAACACAUAGAAUGAAAGUAAGGUGUGUCCCAUCGAAUGCCAAGAGAAACGUGUGCGUGUGUGUGCGUGCAUGUGUGUUUUGUUUUGUUUUCUUUCUCUGUCUUGAUUUCCCCUGACUUUGUACUGUUGUUUGUUUUUCAUUGUCCCACAUAAUGCCCAUGUCUGCCACCUACGGAAUGCUUUCAGACGCGCUGAUUGUUUUUGAUCUGUACUUUGAGAACCACUGGUCUUGGGCUUCCAAUCGAGGAAAAAAGAAAGCCCAGAGAAAAAAAAAAAGUUUUAUCAAAGCUGAGGGUAUUUAUUUUGUUAUGAAGUAUUUAUUUGUAUGUAAAACAUUUGAGACGAGUGGGGUAUUUUUUUUUUAUUUCCCUUUCGAUGGCAAAGCCACUUUUGGGAUAUGGCUGUAGGCAUAGAUACAGGUAAAAGCUCCUGAAUUGUUUGAAAAAAACAGAUUUUGAUAAAUGACGUUCCCAAUUUUUUCCUAAUCAUUGACAAAAAAAACCCCAAUCAUCUUCUCCUCACCUUUUUUUUUUAACCCUCAAGUCAUACUUAGGAAAGCCUGGUUUUUGCUCCGUAAACUGACUGCCUCCUCUUUGGUUCUCCUUCCUUCCUUCCUUUCACUCAUUCUAAGCCUCGCAGUUUGAGUUUGUCCGUUGGUGUGUUUCGCUGCUGCUCUGCGCUGCUACUGCUGCUGCUGCUGUCGUCGUUCGGAUGUCCCACAUGUAGCCCUGUGUCCGCUUUCGCCCCCCCCCCUCCCUGCUCCCUCAUACCUCUUAAGUAAUUUAGUCUACACCUUAUUUAGAGCGAGAACUAGCUCUCACGUAUGUUUGUCUCGUAUGUCGUCUCUUCUCCUCAUUUAUCAUUCUUUUAAAUGUUCCCUCAAACGGGGAGUUUGUAUUUUUUUUAUUUUCUACAAAUGUUUUUUUUUUUUUUUUUAUGUUGUCAACCCCAGAGAUGUUUGCAUGUUGUCGUCGUUGAUAGAAUUACGUGAGCAAAUUCGGUGCCUAAUGGUCAUGUUUGAGCAGACAUAGGAACCCACUUGCACUCAAAAAAAGCCCCCACCUUUGUUGUGCCUCACUUUCAACGGUGCUUUUUUCAGUAGUUUGACUCUGUUUAUUUGUACGGUGCUGUAUAUAACUUGAAUAUAUUAUGCACAUAUCCUACCCAAUGGGUAGACAACCACAAGAGAACAUGUUAAUACUGUAAUAUAAUGUAUAGAUGAUAUUAAAAAGAAAAAUUUAACACGGUGGCAUCGAGUUUUGUGAAUGCCCUACAAUUGUGCUUUGUCUUUUUGUAAAAACAGAGUAAAGUUUGCAAAAAUAAUGCUACGAUAUGGUCACAUAAUGAAUACGAAAAAUACUUCUUAUAUUUUUUCCUAUACAGUAAAUGCAAAUCUGUUAUGUGAUGAAAACAAAUAUUCUGAUAUAAGGCAGUUGCUUUUGUUACUUCCAGAGAAUAAUUAUCAAUGCCAGCGCUUGCCAUUUAUUUAUUUGACCUUUUUUGUGACUGCUAGCUGUUUGGACUUGUAUUAACCACGCUCGAACUACAGCAAAAAGACAAAAAAAGAAGAAAAAAAAUAACACAAAAUCUAUGAAUGAAUUGUACCAUAGCUGAUGGAAUCUAAAAUCUUUAUAAAAAGGACAUGGCAUGGGAUUGAGGAAGGACUUCUUGUGAGAUGGUGGACAAUAUCACAAAUAGUUCCGAGGGCUGGUUUCACACUUUUUUUUUUUUGGUUCUGAUGGAUUUCUGAACCAGCCCCUCCACAAAAAGGGAUUUAGGUGAUGCAAGACAUACAGUAGUCAACAGAUUUUUUUUUAUUAUUUUAUUUUAUAUUUUAUUUUACACAUAAUCAAGUCAUGUGUGAUGUGUAAACAAGCACUGCAAUUACUUUUUGUCCGAAUGACCCACAGUCCAUUACUGAUACUGUGCAUGUUCAUUUGUUCAUUUCCUCUGAACUUUUUUGUUGUUGUUGUCACAACCUUUCACCAUCAAAGGUUUCUUUCGUUAUCUUUCUUCUUAAUACCAGGCUGUUGCAUUUCCUUUAUAUAAGCUUGAAUGAACGACACAUGCUGUCCGAAUGGUGUGGUUCUUCUCUCCAAUUCCAUGGGUCAAAAGAUUUUUUGUUUUCCGGAAAACAGAAAGAAACCGAAAGUCACAGUGUUGUGUUUUACCUAUUUGCCUUCAUCAUCAUUAUCACCACCACCAUCAUCAUCAUCAUCAUUAUCAGUCAUCAUCUCUCACUACAGGACCGUAUCCAACCUGGACUGAAAAUAAAAAAAACAUUUCUGCUUUCUCUGCCAGAAGGAAACCAGUGACUGAGGAGCCACUGCAGUGUUCUUAUGCCUUUUAUUAUUAAUAUUGAUUAUUAUUAUUAUUAUUAUUAAUUAUUAUUUAAGCAAUUGUGAUGUCAUCCGUUUGCAGCCUGAGGUUUGUCACUGCAAUACUUUUACAGGAAAAGGUGACUUAAAAAAUAUAAAAAAAUGGAGAGAAAAAAAAAUAAAACUUGCUCAAAGUACUGUUGUAGUCCUUCAUGAAACAAUUCCAUGCUUGUUCUUUCGCUGUGAUAAAAUGGCUAGAGAGCGAUUAAAGUUGGGAAAAAAAAGAA